UCUCAACUGACUUUCAACUGGCAAUCACCAGGAAUCAUAGGAGAAGAUAAUGAACUUGAAUGAGAGAUUGAAGAUAUUCUUGAUAAAAGGCCCUGCGGCCGCGGCUGACAAUAUCUUAUGAAAUGGGUUGAUUAUGACUGUCUGACCUGGACCCCAGGCUCCACGCUAUUUAAUACAGCAGCUCUUGACUGAUGGGAACUACACUCACUUCUGAGAAGGGGGGGCUAAUGUGGCAGACUGCGCCCGAUCAUAUAGACUAUUUCAUUACACUUCAUAGAUUCCUGCCGAAAGCUCUGAUUCUCGGUCGCCGAUCCUUAGCUGAGGAACCCAUGGAGUUCCUAUUCUCCCGCUCCGAAGCUCCACCUCAUACGCGUAUAAAUAUCCGCUCCGAUCACUGAUCCUCGCACUUUCUCUUCUCUUCCUUCUCUAACAUUAUCCACUUUUGUUAUAUAAGACCUAUAUCUUAAUGCCGAACUAUUCGGCGUAGGCCCCUUACAAUUAACAUUUAAAGUUGAUUAUAAUUGAUUUACAAAGGCGAGUGUUAGGUGGAAAUGAGCAUUAGGUGGUUGAUUACAUUAUACCAGCAUAGAAGAGGUAUUUAUUUAUUUUUUCAUGUCAGACAGCAUCGCAUCUGAGUAAAAACAGAUUUUGAAUGUUCACGUUGAGAUUAACAGACAGUCAGGCGAAAGCUCAGUAGAAAUUGUGAGAAACACAUAAGAUUUCUCAAAAAACAAAAUAUAAUAAGAAUAAAAAUAUAUCAAAUACAGACAGAUGAACAGUCAAAGAAAUUUUGAAGGCAAUGUACAUGUACAUGUACUUUGCUUUCCACAUCAAAGAUUUCAAGAAAGGGUUGACAGCCUGAAUGUUGCUUGAAACUCGGCGAGAAUAGGAACGAAUGUUAAGGGGAAACAAGAUAGAAUCCGUGCCUGGACAUCAUAUGAGGCAAGCCAUGGAUCGGAUGAAUAGCCCUGUUGCGCUGAUGAAUUUUGGCGGAGGUUGUUUCGAGGAGAAUUGUAUGCAGAUCUAUUUAUAGACAAGGUCUGAAACCAACUUGACUUAAGCUAGUCAGAUUGCAUCACAGCAGAAUUUUUUUGGUUUAUUUUUCAUGAUUAUAUUAUUAUUAUUUGUUUGCCAUUGUGGACUUCGGGUGUAUCUAUUCAAUUCCUCUUUGUUGUAUGUUCGUCGGGGAAUUGGUACGGGCACAAUGCAUUUUGUGUUUUGGCUUGUUUUGAGGUCGGCCAGGAUACUGCUUUGGAUGAAGAAUUUUGAGUGCUAGUGAUAUUAACCGUAUUUAAGCAUAAAAUCGCCGUCGUAAACUAACUUCCCGGUUGACGACGUCGAGCUGCAAUCUCUAUAAGCAUAAGAAUAAUGCUAGGCCUUGUCUUGGAAUGCUACUAUAGAACCCUCCAAGCGUAUCUUAGUUGUGAUUGAUUGCCCUGUUGACAAUCCCGUUUGAAAAGGUCGUUAGUCAGGGGUUGCCGUGGAGGUUGACGUGAAGUAAAUAAGUUGAAGUUUGCAGGCAAAAAACGCACACAGCUUGAAUCAACCUGCCGUUUCACAUCUCAAGAUCCUUACGCAGUGAGUAGCUCACAGAAAGCAAAGAAUAACAACAGUCAAGAUUAUAGAGUAGGCCCUGGUGUCGUAUCGAGCGGAGAAGAGUACGCUGUAAAUUGCUAUGGAUUCAGCUGCCCUGCCUGGACUAGGUAGAUCUAUAACUAAUAAACCGCCGACAUCCAGCCCUAAUAAACAAACAAACAAUCCUGGGAUUUCCGCCGCCGCAAGCUCCGACACAGCUCAGCCUCACCACCAACCCCGACACGGUCACAGAACCACCAGGCAUCGCUUUUCUCUCUUUCUCUCUCUCACACACCCCUCCCUUCUAUUCUCUACAGUAGGGAUGAGCUCCUGAUUGACUGUUAAAUUGUCAUUCCUGUUUCACGUCUUCUUUCGCUUUGUCCGUCCUACUUUUUUGACCUUGUUCCUGGCAGCUAAGUUAGUUAGCUAUCUUUCUGCCUUAUUUUUACCCACGUCGAUAACACAAACGAGCAAGCGCAUUACAUAUUUACCCUCAUUCAUUGACCAGAACGGCUAUCUAAUACCUAACACCCUACAGCAAAACCGUUUGUAUAAUUAUCGCUAUCGUUUUACGAGCGAAUAACGUACUAAAGCGAGCGUAUUCGGUUUGGGAUACAUAUACGGGGUGGAGAACAUACCAGCAGUUUACAAGACGGCCAUUAGGAGGGGCUACACAGACCACUUUAUAUACCAUACCACAACAUACAGUUAGCCCUUCAUUAUGUUUGGGUCACUUCAGUUCCCUAGGGUGAAGAUGCUUCUUCAUGCCUUCCAGGGCUUCGUCGUGUUUCUGGGCUGGGCCCUUACCAUCGGCGUGUUCACACAAAAGGGAAGCACAGAUGGUCGGACGGCGUACUAUUUUGCUCUGUGUUGGAUCACCGCCCCCGCCCUUAUCUACCUAGCCGCAGUGCCCCUAUGGCCGCGAACACGAAGGUUCGGCAAUGCGUAUGCUUUCGCAAUUCUCGAUGUGCUAUUCGGGAUCCUCUGGUUUGCUUCAUGGGUGGCUGUUGCAUCUUACGUCGCCGCAGGCAAAAGUGGAGGCAAUAAAGAUGAUGACGAGGAUAAGGAGAAAGAGGGCAAGAGUGGCUGCGAUGCGUUCAAAUUUGGCACCCCCGCAAAGUGCAACCUGAGCACAGGAACUGCCGUCUUAGGCGUGAUAGUAUGCCUGCUCUUCUGCGUUACCUCUUACAUGUCCAUCCGCAACCUCUCAGAAUACCGGCGCAGCGGCACCUUGCCCUACGAAGGCUCUUCUUCCGACCCCUCAUUCGCCGCCCACUCCAAAGCCGCCUUCUCCUCGAAUCCCGCCCACGACUUCGAAGAUGAAGACGACCGGGACGCCGAAUUCCGCUCCGGCCGACGCUCCACAGAAGGAACGGGCGGCGGACCCUCAUCAUCAUCCCUCGGAUACCGCCGAGACCCAGACGACGAGUAUACGCUACUACAUAACAGCGAGGCGGACGAUAUGGGCGGAGUUCCGCAUGGAGCAGCAGCAGCACCCCCCAUGUAUGACCCCACGAGGGACCACGAUGGUGGUGUAAAUAGCACCCCCCUGCCGGGCGCCAGUGAUGCUGGUCGCAGUAGCUAUUUGCAUGAUUAUGAUACCAGCUAUACUGGUGCGUAUGGGGCUGGGCAUCGAUCACAGGCGUCGGGGAGUUUUAAUGAUCGGUACGCGGAUCGGUAGGGGUGGGUUGUAUUGGUUGAUUGAUCUGAAGUGAAUAAAAUAUAAAAUGAUUUUCUAUUUUGUCUCUUCUCUCUUUUUUUUUUUGCUGCAGGUGUCUUCUUUUCUUGUCCCCCUUAAUAUAUAUGUUACGAGUACACAACCCCCCGCCGGAAGUGUGUUUUAAUUUUCUCAUGUACGUUUUAACGGAUAUGCCACCAUUUUGAAGCGCUGGUUGUAUCUUCCAUUGUUGGUUUGCGAUGUCCAUUUUCUACUGAAGUCUGAUUUUCUUUUUUCUUUUGUUUUAUACCGGAAGAAAUGCGAGCGACAGUGAAAUGGGUGAAAGGGGGGAAAGAAAAAUGAUUGUCUCCUUUCUUUGAGGUCCAUAUUUUCGUUCAUGAUCUGUGUCGUUUAUGCUUAUGUUUUUCGGUUUUAGCGUACGUAUCUUGUUCCCACGCGAAGCAUGUAUGUAUGCAAUAUACCCAGGUACAUGUGCAGUACCUACUUUUCUCCCAUUUUGCUCUUUGGAGGGAGGAUCUGACGAGUUUGUUUUUUCCAUUCUCAAGCAUAUCUGGCAUCUUGUUUAAAGUUGAUAGGAAAACUCAUGAGGAUUGCAUGAAAGUAUUCCAAAAGGAUAGAUACCAUUUCAGAAAUUCAUAGAUCAGGGGGGAAAGCCAGGUUGUCAGAUCUUUUUAUUUCUAUUAACUGCUCCAGGUAACUUAACAACAUGUUCAUUCGCAACUCAAUCAUUUCCGUGUCCGUAUUUUCACAUAACAACUCUACCCACACAGGUAAGUAGGUGCCUAGUAAAACAAGCUCAGAUAAAAUCCAGGGGCACAUCUACAUCGUAUCCCAGAAGUAGGAAGAAACAUACAAAAAAA